CGCUUUGCGUUCAUCGAAGAGCGAGAUCCUACAGCGUGGGCUAUUUAUUGGACAUCAGAGCCGACAGCGAUCAGCUGGUCCAUCGGCCAAAUCCACCAGUUGACACGCACUGAGCAACGAGCCAGGCGCUAGGGGCGGUCGCAAAAAUAAUGACCAGCUAUUCCAACUGAAACAAAUUUCAUCGACAACGGGUAGAAGAGCCAUCCCGAAAUCUAGCCCACCUCUUUCGUACUUCAAGCGAACUGAACCCUCCCCAAAAGCCGGCCCGGCGUCGAUGAAGGUCGUCCAGCAGAACACACAAUGGCUUCGGAUGCAUCAACAGGAGCAGGCCAAGCAAAACUCGACGCAGUAACCACGUUGCUAGACAAGUUGUCGCUCGAUCUGAAGGAUAAACACCUCAAACCUAACGAGCGCGACCAGUUCCUCGAGCAGCUCAAGGUCUUCGGUCGUGACCCCUCCAACGCCGAUCCCAUCUUCACAAAGCAAGGCGUGUCCACCCUCGCCCAGCACGCCUUCGAAAGCAAUUCUCCGACCACGUCACGAGAGGCGUUGCGAUGUCUCGCCAACGCUUUGCUGCUCAAGGAAGCCACGCGGCAGAUAUUGGUGGACUGCGGCGCUGCGCCAAAGCUGGCUGAAAAGCUGAAGACGGACAGUACCGAAGACGAGUUUCUCGUUUCCCGAAUAUUGUUCUUGCUGACAUACGGUACCAACGUGGACUUUGAGAAGCUUAUCAAAGAGAAUGGUCUCGCCGACAGCGUGAACAAAUGCAUAUCCCGGCAUGCCAAACGAUACUCUAGCACGAUGCGCUUAUUGUCGCACAGCUCUCCCAUGGAUGACAUGGCACUCAACGAAACGGCGAAGCUCAUUUUUAACAUUACGCAUUUCUAUCCGGACCUCGGGCUACAGUUCUCUAAGUCUAUACCACCACUGGUAGAGAUUAUGCGUAAAAGCAAGAUACGCACGCCUCCACUCGACCCUCCUCUGUGCGCCGUCAUCAAUGCGCUAAUCAAUCUAGAUCUAGCUGAGAAGAGCGGGGGCCUGUUGGGCAGAGACGCUCUGUUUCCAGCACUUGACCAGAAAGGCAACGCUGAACACCUGAUCAACAUCUUAGACGCAGCCAUCUCGUCCUACACUUCCUCCGAGCUGGAGCAGCUCGCCGCACCUGUCAUCACGUUAAUACGCAAAGUUUACCAGAUCGCGCCGGAGAAUGUGAAGAAGUACAUGGAAUUCCUGCUCUUGCCUACAGAUGCGGAGCGCAACAAACCACUUGGCAAAUCAGACACGCUCUCGUCCCGACUUUUGAAUCUGUCUUCGUCUUCCACCUCGGCGACCCUUCGCAACUCCAUUUAUGGAAUGCUUUUCGAACUUUCGGGCGAAAAUGCGGACACCUUCGUCCGCAAUGUCGGCUACGGUUUUGCCGCUGGGUUUCUCAUGUCCCAGAACAUGCCGAUACCGCAGUCGGCUGGGGAAGCUUUCGCCGGGACUGCGGACGGCUCACCCAUCAAUCCGAUCACGGGACAAAAGAUAGAACACGAGCCCAAAGACGAAGGCCCGCCGAUGACUAAAGAAGAGAAAGAGAGGGAAGCAGAAAGGUUAUUUGUCUUGUUCGAGAGGCUGAAGAAAACAGGCGUCGUGGACGUGGAGAAUCCGGUUGCAAAAGCAAUGCAGGAAGGUAGAUUUGAAGAACUUCCGGAUGAUUACGACGAAGAAGACGAGAAGCCCUGAAAAUGAUGAUCCAUUUGUGAGCUUAAGGACGCUCAACCGCGGUAGUCGAACAUUGUACAUUCCGUGCAUUAGAAAGCGGCAAUGGCUUUGUCAGAGAUCUUACAAUGAUGUGACUCAUCAAGUUCCUUAGAUUGCAUGGCAGAGAAGCAUAGUAUGUACAGCUAAUGAACUUCAUGUGCCCUAUCGAAAUA